AUGGGUUUCGACUACUACAACAUAUUGGGCGUGAAACGAUCGUGCGAGCAGCACGAGAUAAAAGCGGCGUAUCGCCGUCUCGCUCUAAAGUACAACCCGGAAAAGUACGAAGACGACGAGAACAUGAAGAAGAUAUUCGCGCUGAUAGCGGAGGCGUACGACGUGCUGGUGGACCACAAGAGGAGGGCGGUGUACGACCAGUACGGCGAGGAGGGGCUGAAGCGCGGCGUGCCCGGCCCGACGGAGUUCAUUCAACCCUACGCGUACCACGGCGACCCGGUGAGGACCUUCCGCGAGUUCUUCGGCACGUCCAACCCGUACGCGGACCUACUGGACUACUACGAGAACCCGCAGCCGAUAUUCGACUCGCCGCUAGGCAAGGGCUACAAGGAGAAGGACCCCACGAUAGUGCGGCCGCUCGCCUUGUCCCUGGAGGAGGUGUACAGGGGCGGCCUCAAGAAGAUGAAGAUCCAGCGGCUCGUGUUCACUAACGAGACCUGCUCGGAGCUGAGGCUGAGGGAGAAGGUCCUCUCGAUACCGAUACGGCCGGGGAUGUAUCCGAACACGGAGGUAAGGUUCAGGGAAGAGGGUGACCAGGGUCCGACGCGGAUCCCCGCGGACGUGGUCUUCGUGACAGAGGACAGGCCGCACGGGACCUACGUGAGGUCGGGGACGAGUGACCUAUUGAGCGUGCAGACGGUCAGCCUGCAGCAGGCGCUGUGCGGAGUCACCGUGACCCUGGUGACCCUCGACGGGCGCGUGCUGCGGGUCAAGGUCACGGACGUGAUCACGCCGACCUACGAGACGGUGGUCGAGGGCGAAGGGCUCCCCCUGCUCGCGUGCCCCGGCAAGGCAAAGGGCAACCUGAUACUACGCUUCCAAAUCACAUUCCCCUCGUACCUUUCGAAGCGUUGCAAGAAGGCGUUCGGCGACGCCUUUAAAAUGAUGACGGACGACGAGGAAAGUUUCGAGAAGAUGGAAUGCGGCGCCUUGCCAACGGUUAACGAUAAC